CACCAGAGCUAAAACGAAGGGAAAAGAAAAUAUUGCAAAACAUUUAUACCUUUCCAAAAUAGGAAAUAUUUUAUUAUUCUAAAGCAAACAAACAGCCCAAAUUAUGGAAACAAGCCGGCUAAUGUUGUUGAUUCUCGGCAAUAUGAAGUCUGCUGAGGAGCAAAGAAGUAAAAAGCGAAAUAUUCCUCGAUUUUACAAAGACUCUGACGAGAACGAUCAAGGAGAGGCGAUCUUUUGCAAGAACAACGUGUGUCUUUACUAUAAUGGCGAGAAUAUCCCUGGAUAUUUGACACUCAAAGCUUGUACAAUAAACGACGAAUAUACUAGAUUAAUACUGCACUGGACAUCGAAUGCUCUUUUGCAAGAGAAUUACGUUACAGACGAACAAGUCGCACCGUUGUCUUCGGAAAAUCUAUUGAGCGAUGAUGCAAGUCCAAGUGUCUUUCACAUCGAUCUAACGGAGAUGAAAUCCUUAAAAUUCUUUUUUAAAGACGAUAAAACAUCCGGUCAUUUCGUUGUGGAAAAUCAUGAAAACCACUACAAAGUCUUUCAUUUCGACCUCGGAGGUAUGAAUCAUUUAGUGGAAAUUUUUGAAAAUUGGAGUUUAUGCAAAACGAUGAAACUGCCUUACGAGGAACGCGAGAGAAAAACAGCGUUUGCCGUUGUCCCAAUUUAUUCGAUCUUGCCGAAUCAAAGUUUUGAGGAGAGUCGUUAUCGUUCGAUGACGAAAGCCCGUUGGAAGACGUUCCUCAACAAAGCUGGUCAGUUGGAAGAUGUGGCGAAUUUUCGAAAGGAAGUAUUUUUUGCUGGAGUAUUUCCUGAAGUCCGAUGUGAGGUUUGGCCAUUUCUCCUGCAUUACUACCCAUUCCAUUCGAGAGCAUCUGACCGAAAGACUAUAAAAGAAAACAAAACAAAAGAGUACACAGAUAUCAAUGAGAGAAGGUUGAACAUGCCCAAGGCAGAGUAUGACAAGUUUUGGCUGAAUGUGCAGUGUACCGUGGAUAAAGAUGUUGUUAGGACAGAUCGAUCUCAUCCUUAUUUCGCUGGUAACAACAAUCCAAAUGUUGAGAUAAUGAGACAAAUUCUCCUGAAUUAUGCCUUCUACCAACCAGAGGUGGGGUACAACCAAGGCAUGUCAGAUCUGCUUGCCUCAAUAUUGUCAACAGUCCAGGAUGAGGUUGAUGCAUUCUGGUGUUUUGUUGGUUUAAUGGAGAGAAGUUUGUUUGUAACGUCACCAAGAGAUGAUUCCAUGGAUUUCCAGCUGCUUUACUUGAAAGAAUUGCUGCGUAUGAUGGCUGUGAAGUUCUACGCCCAUCUCCUGCUGGAGGAUGAAGGCAUGGACCUGUUGUUCUGCCAUCGCUGGCUGCUGCUUGGCUUCAAGCGAGAGUUCUAUGAUCUUCAUGUGCUACGCAUGUGGGAAGCAUGCUGGUGUCAUUACCAAACAGAGUACUUCCAUAUCUUCCUAUGUGUUGCCAUCAUCUUGGAAUAUGGCGAUACGGUUUGGGAGAAAUCGAUGCGAGUUGAUGAGAUGUUGAACUAUUUCAACAACUUGGCUCUUGAAAUGGACGGGGAUCUUGUGCUAAAAAGGGCUAGAAGCUUGUUAUAUCAGUUUAGAAAGCUAGCUGCAAUACCGUGCACCUUGCGUGGACUGUUAUCGGGGCCCGGUGCCUGGGAUAGUGCGACGCUACCGGACAUUGAGUGCACUUGUCACGAGACUAACGCGUGCAAACAUUCAAACCCGCCCAGGCGAGGGAAGAGUUUUACCCGAGCACCGGACGCCCUGAGUCAAGACAAGAGUGACGAGAGAGAGACCUCACAAGAAACAAGAGAAGAAACGAAUUGUGAUGAUGAAGUAAUGGAGAUUUCGGACGCAAAUCAAAAAGAAAAUGGAAACACGGAGGAUGAAAUGUCAAAUGAAGAAGAGACUGUGGACAAUUGUGAGCAUGACGGUGAAACCUUGAACACCGAGGAACAACAAGGGAACGAACAAGUGAAUUUGAAGGAUGAAUUUCGGAAUGAAGAACUGAAAGUUGACACGUCAAAUACCAAACAAAAUCAUGACGGGUUGAACGAUUUCUCUCAGCAUGUGAAUGAAAGUAUAAAUAUGAAGGAAGAUACUUCAAGUGAAAUGGAAACAUUGAAUAACUCUGAGAUGACGAAUGACAAGAAUAAUUCGGAGCCAGAAGAGCAGAGGAACGUGAAAAUAUGCAGCUCUGAAGCCCUGUACGAACAAAACGAUAUAAGUGAAAAUAUUACUGAUACUAAACACACAGAAACGUAAACUGUAGAAGGACAAUGUCAAAUACAAUUCACACAUUGAAAUAAGUCAAAUGAACAG